UUUAGUUUGGUGUGAAGACGUUCAGCACGUAGGGGGCGGGGCUUCCUGCUGCGUACGUACUUCCGCUGAGCCAAUGGUGACGCGUCGUUUCUGGUAAAGAAACGCGCUUUGUCGAUUGCAACCCCCAUUGGCCGGUUCUUCGCUUUAACGUCCCUCUGAUUGGACAAUUACCCGACUGAUGCCGUCAUUUCCCUCGUGGCGCCUCGUUCACAUCCACUAAUGGCGACGGUAGCGGAGGCACGUCGUAUUAGAUUCGAGGAAUCACCUGACCAAUCAGAUUUGUCUCCUGCGAACGCCGCUGGCAGCGCAGCCAAUCACGUGUCGGGAAACAGAACUCCGACUCAACAGCUUGUUGUUCGUGUAUCGCUUUGCGACCCGAGCUGCGGCGGCCGAGAACCGAUCCACUAUCUUCCGAGCUGGACCUCCUCAAAUUGACGUGAAGAUGAAGGCAGCAGACGAGCCCCCCUACCUGACCGUGGGGACGGACGUCAGUGCCAAAUACAGAGGAGCCUUCUGUGAGGCCAAGAUCAAGACGGUGAAGCGCAUGGUGAAGGUGAAGGUGAACCUGAAAGGCGAAAGUACGACUCAGGUGGUCCAGGACGACCAGGUGAAAGGAGCUCUGAGGGUGGGCUCCACGGUGGAGGUGAAGACUAACGAGGGUUUGUCCAGCGAGGCCGUCAUCAGUAAGCUGACCGAUGCCAGCCUCUACACUGUGGUGUUUGAUGACGGAGACGAGAAGACUCUUCGGAGGACGUCCCUGUGUCUGAAGGGAGAGAGACACUUUGCAGAGAGUGAGACUUUGGACCAGCUGCCUCUCACUAACCCAGAACAUUUUGGUACUCCGGUCAUCGGCAAGAAGUCAAACCGAGGAGGACGUCGCUCGUCUCAGGCUGUGGCUGAGGAGGAGCAUGAGUCCUCCUCCAGUGACGACGAGGAGGACGACAGGAGAAGACUCAAUGAUGAGCUUCUGGGAAAAAUCUGCAGCGUUGAGAGUGAAGAGGAAGCGAGUCGCUGGUACCUGGCUCUGGUGGUGUCUCCAAGCUGUAACGAGGAGCUGCAGGUGAAGAAGGACCAGUGUCUGGUCAGAGCCUUCAGCGACUCCAAAUUCUACACGGUGGCAAGGAGACAUGUCCACACCUUCAUCUCCACCAGGUCUGAGUUCUCCAACAGGAGAGGGUUUGAGGCGGCCCAGAUGUUCCUGAGGACAGGUGAGGUCCCUGAGAUGUGGAAAAUGGACAUGAGUCAGAUUCUGGACUCGUCCUCCAGCGAUGAUGAAGAGAAGGAGAGCGAGGAGGAUGAAGAGGUGGAGGAGGAGGAGGAAGAAGAAGAAGAGGAGGAGGAGAAGAAGAAGAAACGCAUGAAGGAGGAGCCGGAGGAGGAGGAGCCCGAUCCAGAGGAGAGAGACCGCUUCCUGCAGCAGCUCUAUAAGUUCAUGGAGGACCGAGGGACCCCCAUCAACAAGCCUCCGGUGUUGGGUUAUAAAGACCUGAACCUCUUCAAGCUUUUCAGACUGGUCUAUCGGCUGGGAGGCUGCCACAAGAUAGAGUCCGGUACUGUGUGGAAGCAGGUCUACGUGGAUCUGGGGAUCCCCGUCCUGAACUCUGCUGCCUCCUACAACGUCAAGACGGCCUACAAGAAGUAUCUGUAUGGCUUUGAGGAGUACUGCCGCUCUGCCACCAUCACCUUCAGAACCAUCCAUCACAACAACCCCCGCCCUCCUACCACACCGGCCAACCAGAAGCAGGCAGGGGCGGAGCUUAGCCAGCCCCCCGCGCUGCCAGAGAAGGUGGACCCUGUCAAAGACCCGUCGGAGGAGGAGGCGGAGUGUGAGAACGAGGAGGUGAAAGAUAGACCGUCGUCCCCAAAGGGGAGGAGGAGGUGUGUGAGCAGUCCGCUGACAGCACAGAGGGGUUCUCCCUCCACACCAGACAAAGGAGGAGAAGAUAACAGUGAGGAGCAGAGGGAGGUGAGGAGACGCAGCAACAGACGAAUGGACGACUCCGAUAAAGGGUCGGAGGAGGAGGAGGAGGAGGGCGAUGAUGAUGAUGAUGAUGAAGUGGACGAGGAGGAGGAGGAGGAGGAGGAGGAGGAUGAUGAUGAUGAUGAUGAAGAGGAUGACGACGACGACGAAAGAAGAAUGACGAGAGACGGCUGUGAGGAGGAGGAGGAGGAGGAGGGAGACUCUGUGACGGGGACGAAGGUGCGGGUGAAGUACGGCAGAGGGAAGACUCAGAAGAUCUACGAGGCUCACAUCAAGAAGACGGACUUGGACAACGGAGAGCAGUUCUACCUGGUCCACUACUACGGCUGGAACGUCAGGUACGACGAGUGGGUGAAAGCCGACCGCCUCAUCUGGCCUCUGGAGAAAGGAACCAAGAAGAGGCGCAGGAAGAAGGUUAAGAACAAAGACGAGCCGGAGACAGAAAGGGACGAAGACAAGGCUGCGUCAGCCGCGUUGAAGCCUCCGGGAGCAAAGCGAGGACGACCCCAGACCGGCACGCCACCUGGUGGCUCAGCAGGACGCGGCGCCUCAAAGACGGCGAGCAGCGAGGGGCGGCCCAACGGCCGGAGCAGCCGCACGGAGACGCCGUCCAACAUGGCCAACGGAGACAACACUCCUCGCAGGAGGACCAGGAGGACGUCGGGUUUGUACGACGUGGACCGCGCGUCGAACGAGGAUUCUGGGAACUCGUCAGAGGACAGCCAAUCAGAAGACCCGCCUGACAAAAAGCCGUUGGCACGGCAAGGGGGGGCUGAAGGCCCGUCCUGUGAAGAGGGGGAGGGGAAGGGGGAGGAGCUAAGUGAGGUUGCUGACGUUAAGACGGCCACCAACAACACUUUCGCCACGGCAACAGCUGGUCAGACGCCUGUUGCCGGGGCGCUGCAGCAUCCCAUCAUGCCUCAGGAGAAAACUGACAAAAUCCUGAGCCAAUUGAAGGAGGAGGCGGAACAAAGGGAGGAGCCAACAGUAGAAGCUGCCAUGAUGCUGGUUCACCUGGACCAGGAGAUGUCGUCUGUCCGAGACACUGACCACUUGCUCCCUGCACAGCAGGUGCUUAACAAGAUGUCUUCUUCUCACGCCAUCUCGUCUCCUCCAGAUACCAUCAGGGCGUUUCCUGAAGAGCAUGUGUCCUCUCCUCAGCCUGUCCCAGAGGAGGAGAAGAAGGAGGAGGAGGAGGAGGACAGCAGGUCCACUCCUCUGUCCUCUCCCAGAGUCAAAGGUCGCAGGGCCCUCAGGGAGACAGGGCCUGAAACUCCUCCCAGAAUGCUCUUUAGCGCCUGCCCUGCCCACAUGGCGUCUCCUCCUUGUAGCGACCUCAAGAGACAGGACGAGCCCAUGGUGGUUCUCCACUGCCUUCCCUCCCAGCGCCUCCUCCCCGAGUCUCCCAACGCAGAUUCCGACACUGACUCCGCCACCGAGGAGGAGGAGGAGGAGAUUCUUGAGAAGAGGAGCAUCUCCACAUUAAAACGAAAGGCCGCAGAGCAGGGAGAAACUGACAAGAAGCUCCGCCCUGAAAGGAGACAGCUGGAGGCCCCCUGUCCCGAAACGCCUCCCGUCCCUCCAAAGAUGGCCUUCGGAGCCUCGCCCCAAGCGCUCCCCUCUCCUCUCCACAGGGCGGAGUCACAGAGCAGUGAAGGAGCGAUGAAGGCGGACGACUGUCCCCGUCCAGAGGACACGGCGAAGGAGGCGUCAGAAGAGCUGCUGAUGGGCGGAGCCUCAAAAGAGUCAGAGGUGGUUCCUGCGACGCCUGCCCCAGACUCCUCCCCCACUGAGGAGCUGGAGUUGCAGAUCGGUCCUGAGGCGCUGGUCUGCCAUGAGGUGGACCUGGACGACCCGGACGAGAAGGAGAAGCCCACUGCCCCGGAGCACCUCCUCCUGAUGAUGAGGGAGCAGCAACUCGCCCCGCCCCCUAAACUCAUCCAUGCUGCUGCGCUGCCCUCCCCCCACCUCCCUGAACCUCAGCCCAUGCCCUUCCUGCCUGAACCUGCACCCGGCUCUGCUCCUGGUCCCGAGGAGCUCCACCCAGCAAGGAGCCCUGGUGAGGAGCAGAGAGGAGCACUGCAGGGCGACUCCGGGUUUGAUGGCAGCGCCUCCACCUUCGUGAUGUCUCUGCAGGAGAGUAAAGACAGAGGUCAGAAGCGGGUGAUGGACUGCAACUUGAGCCCAAUGGCCAAGAAACAGAAACGCAACCAGAAGAGACUCUGCACACCUGGGAAGGUGGAGAAGAACGGGGCAGGUAACAGCAGUGACAGUGAGGACCACCCCCGUCUGUCCCAGAAGUCUUGUGUUUCGUCUCCUUCGUCUCACAGCAAAGACAAACACACCUUCUCCCCCCAGAGGGCCUAUAAGUGGACCUUCCAGCUCGACGAGCUGGACAACAUGUCCAGCACAGAGAGGAUCUCCUUCCUGCAGGAGAAGCUGCAGGAGAUCAGGAAGUACUACAUGACCCUUAAGUCGGAGGUGGCCUCCAUCGACAGGCGGAGAAAGAGACUAAAGAAAAAGGAGAGAGAAGUGUCCCACACCACGUCCUCCGGCUCCUCGGACACCGGCAUGAGUCCGUCCUCUGCGUCGCCCGCUCAGAACACCGUGGCUGUGGAGUGCAGGUGAUGACACGCCCAAUGAACCCCGCCCCCUUCCAGCCACAGACUCCGCCCACUCAGACCCUCCCCUCUGACCUGAAGAGUUUAUCAUCUGGCCCCGCCCCCUCACCUGAGAGUGACUUCCUGAAAAGAUCAGUUGUCUGUUCAGCCGGCACAGAAGAAUCCUUCCUGUCUUGGAAUUUCAAAAUAAAGUGACUGGUUGUUUGUCACUGGGUUACUAUUUUAAAGCAGAAAAUGCAAAAGUAAGUUUCCUGCUUUGCUUUUUUUUUAAACAAAAUAUUUCAUUUGAGGUCAAAACUUAUUUAUUUAGUAAAUCUUUUUUUAUGGAAGAGUGACCCCAUAAAUCUGUUUGAAAUAAUUAUUUAGUUAUGAGGUGCGAAAUAUGACUUGAGCCAAACUGAAGGUUUAA